AUGUUGCUUCAGAAAUCUGCAACAAAAGCCCGCUCUAUCCUAGCCGAGCUCCAAGUGAUGAUCGACGGAUUCCUUGAACAAUCUACCAUCGGGCGAAGAUACAGAUGCAAGAUAGGAUCGACCAAGGUCGUUCUUCGAAAGAGCGAAGUCAAAGCUCUAGAUGAGAAGUUAGAUGAGGCCCUGACUCAGUUUCAGAUGGCACAGUCGCUGUACACAAUGGCGACGCUGAUGUACAAUCCUAUCCUGGCAAUCGAGCACCAAUCAUCGCAUUCACAUGAGUCUGACAAGAAUCAGAUCACCUCGGACUCUCCGACAGCCCACUCAGAUUCCGGGGACGAGAGUGCUGACGACAAAGUCACCUAUAUCACCAGCGAGCCCCAUGUCAACUUUUCAGUUUCGGCCAGCCGAACGGUGCUUGGCAAAGCUCAUUGCACACUCGGCUCUCCUAGUGGAUUCCAGUUUUCCUUAAGAACACCAGACUGGCUUUCUUCAUCUGUGUACUUCGUGGCGGCUUCCAAAAGCAUCAGAGGGUGGGACCUCCAUCUCAGAGCUUACGAAGUUGUUCCACCUUUCCGGACCACUAGUCUGAUUGAUCAUUUCAUACGCGACGACGCUCUGGCUAUUUUCAAAUUUCUUGAGAAGAACAGUAUGACUCCUUAUGUCUAG